CGCCACAGCCUGGGAAUUGUCUACAGAACAGAACCGACGGGCGGGGUUAGUAGUUCCGAGAAUGAAUACUGGCCAGAAAGGGAAAGGAAUUCCAGCACAUUGUUGUUCUCUUCAAGCCUACUAUAGAAGAUGAUAAUAAUGGUCCACCUGGAUAAUCAGAAGCCUGAUUGAUUGGAAAUAGUAGGUAGUCAUGGACGAGAUCAACCGCACGGGAGCCGCAGUCGAUGCUCACUUACCGUCCCGAGGUACGCAGGAGUAUACCUACCUCAACGUGAUCAACAUACACUUAAGGAGUAUAACUAUCCACUCCACUUGGCCAUCCACGAUAAUGAGAGGAAUAUAUGGGUUAGAAAAAGUUUCGCGUGUCGCAAGAUACCCAUGAACGUGGUAGCGUCCUCAAGAGUCAUUUGCGCCACUUACGCCCUCCAAGUAUAAAAGGGAACGCGACUUCCUCCAUCAAUAUCGACCAAGCCAGCAACCAUGGACACUCCACGCAAUCCAAAGGACUCGAUGGAGAUGACCUGGCACAAAUGGCCGAGGGAAAAAUGGGGUGUUUUCCACCGGGGCAUCGAAAGGGUCAACACGUUCCCGAUUGAUUUCAAUAAAGAGGUGCCCGUUCAUUCAAAGGAGGAGAAGGUCCCUCAUAUGCCCGGGUGGUCGAUUCAUCGUUGGGUCAUUCUGUACAGCUCGAUUCCUCUCAUCCUUCACCAGGCUUAUACCUAUCUUACUGGCCACUGCCUGGGGCCUAUAGCCGCUUUCUGGCUCUACUUUGGCUUGUUUAAUGUCAUUUUCAUAAGGCAGACGCACGUUACUCGACGACUUUCGCACCAAUGCGGGUUCCUGGAUGGGGACAAGCACGAACGUGAUGGUAUCCCGGAUGUCGGCGUGGAAAAGGUUGCUCUGUCUCUUCUCAAGACGACUGGCUCCCGGAUUGCGCUUGCAAUCUGGUUGACCUACAAGCCCAACCAGCUGCCCCUGGAUAUGAGAUGGAAAUGGCUCUUCCUGGAGGUGGGUCUAUAUGGGAUUGUGCUUGACUUCUGGUACUACUGGUAUCACCGCGCCAUGCACGACGUCGACGGCCUUUGGAAAUAUCACCGCACCCACCAUCUCACCAAGCACCCAAACAUGCUGUUGGCUGCCUAUGCGGACUAUGAGCAGGAGUUAUUCGACAUGGUCGUCGUCCCUUUCUUGACAUAUACCACUCUCAAGCUUGUGGGGUUGCCCAUGACUUACUACGAGUGGUGGAUCUGCCAUCAAUAUAUUAUUUUUACCGAAGUCAUGGGACACAGUGGUCUCCGUGUCCAUGUUUCCGCAACGUCCACGCUAAGCUGGCUGCUGGACUACCUUGGCUGGAAUAUCAUUAUUGAGGACCACGAUCUUCACCACCGCAAAGGCUACAGGAAGAGCCACAACUACGGCAAGCAGACUCGCGUCUGGGACAGACUUUUCGGUACCUGCCAUGACCGCAUCGAAAUGAAAGAUGAGAACAUCGACUACGGGAACACGGUGGCUAUGCCUUUCUUUUAGAAAUAUGUCCUCGAAGAGACGCAAAACGAUAGUCAGUUAUUGUUAUUAUUGUUAUGGCUAUACUAGGCAGGAGCGGGAAAGCGGGAAAGUUCCCUACGAACUACCCUGUCUGUACGCCGAAUAUAGUGUAUUCCUCUAACCAUCAUGUCAAAACAAAGUAUAAGCGCU